AUGUCAUUGAGCGAUAUCGCCGAAGACAUCCUUGCAUGUGCAAGCAAAAUCGACCGCCAUGCGAACCUGACGGGACGACUUCCCACCUCUUUCGACCAAGACACAUUGGGUCGACUCCCUGAGGAUGUCGAGGAUGCUCGGAAGGCCCUGAUUGACAAGACACAAGAGCUCAGACACCUUGCAUUGGGCCCUGUGGGGCUAUGUUUGGAUGUUCUAUUCUCUUUCACAGAUCUGUUGAGCUUUCGAUUUGUGUACCAGUACUCGAUAGCCGCACACGUUCCCAGAGAUGGCGACAUCUCAUAUGAAGACCUUGGUCAAGCGACUAAGCUGGACCCAGUUCUGGUUCGCAGGUUCCUUCAACAUGUCAUGAUGAAUCGGAUUUUCGAGGAGUCACGGCCUGGUCAUGUCAAACACACAGCUGUAUCUCGACUACUACAUGACGAACCUGGUGCUAUCGAUACAGCUGGCUUCAUUCUUGAGGAUCUGACCCCGUCUUCGACCAAAGUCAUGGAAGCUCUGGAGCUGUGGCCGGGGUCGCAAGAGCCCAACCAGACAGGAUUCAAUUACGCGUUUGGGACUCAAGAUUCGUUCUACCAUGCCAUUGCCAAAGACUCCGAGAGAUCCCGCCGGUUUGGCGAGUGCAUGAGAUUCUUCAACCGAGGAUCUAUGUACGACAUCCAAAAUCUGGUUGUUACAUACCCCUGGAACAGGUGGGACUCGCCAGGCUACACUCUAGUCGACUGCGGUGGCGGACAUGGCUCCGUCAGCAUCGCCCUCGCCGGCGAGACCUCGAAUCUCAAUUUCAUUGUUCAAGACUUGGAGGGAACAGCGCAAGAAGGAGAACGCAGUCUCUCAUCCUCGCUCAAAGACAGAGUAUCCUUUAUGAAACAUGACUUCUUCACCGAGCAACCCGUGCGUGGAGCAGAUUUGUAUUUCUUCCGCUUCAUUUUCCACAAUUGGGCGGACAAGUACGCGGCUCAGAUACUCAAGAAUUUGGUUCCAGCAAUGAAAGACGGGGCCAGAGUUUUGAUAUACGAAUUCUUCGUGCCGGAAAAUGCAGACCCCUUGUGGACUAGGAAACAGUGCAGGAACCUCGACAUGAUCCAAGCACUAGGUUGGAAUUCUUUAGAGCGAACCGUGCCAGACUGGAAGAGUCUGUUCGAAAAGUCAGAUCCUCGAUUCCGUCUUACUGGGGUAUAUCAAGUCAAGAACAGCCCUUUGGUUCUCAUUGAGGCCGUCUUCAUGGAAGUGCCAACGGAAACCAAUACAGUUUGGCCCAUUGGUGUUUAG